AUGAAGUCAGCGGAAAACGUCCGGGCGCAGUUGAAGCGGCUGACGGACAGAGUCGGGUUGAAGGCCUUGAGCUUGGCUAGAAACCAUCCGGAUUUCACGAAUAAUAUCAGAAAGUGUAUCCUCUCUGGUUUUUUCAUGCAAGUGGCUCAUCUGCAGAAGGCUGGGGUUUACCUUACUACUCGAGAGCAUCAAGUUGUGAUGUUGCAUCCGUCUACCGUUAUUCAGCAUAAACCGGAGUGGGUACUCUACCAUGAGUUGGUCUUGACCGCCAAGAAUUAUAUAAGAACUGUUAUGACGGUA